AUGCUGUGGUACUGCAGGAAGAGCGAUCCGUCUCUCUGCGAGUUUGCAUUCAUCUUGGGUUUCUUACAUGAUUGCCAGAGUAUUGCUCUUUACCCUGUUCUUCAACACAGACGACACCUCGUCCGAGAGCAAGCACCAGAUCGGACGAUCAUAAAGCCGAUGGCUUUGCCUCUCUGGCCAGUUGACGGCAUUUCGUGCAAUGAUAUAGAUCAAGUGGCCGUCCCUAACGUUUAUUGGGCAGCAACUUCUCACUGCAAUGUGCUCGUAGCCUUAUGCGCCGUGGCGAGGACGGGACCGGAUUGGCUACGCUCUGCCACACGAAACUUGGACAACUCGGGCGCAGAAUUCAAUUUGUUUACUCCUCAGAACACCCACGAAGACGGAAAGACCGAUACCGCUGCUAAGAUCUACGUGACCUACCAGUCGCACGGCUCGAACAAUUGGCACCGGAUUGAACAGCCGAUCGCACAGCAGGGCGAAAACGCCACAGGCUCCUGGUGGGCGUACGGCUUUCAAGAAGCCCUUGAACAGCUCCCAACACCUUCAGGAGAGUCACCUGAGGGUAAUAUAACGGUUCAAGACAUCCAGCUAUUGACCAUCUUGGCAAACCGGGACAGCUUGCACACCGUGAACGGGGACUUUUCUGAUCUUUACGACAUUUUUCAGAAGGCGGAAGCGAGCGCGGUCACCAUCCAAACGACAUCCGAUGCUGACACACUAAAGAAACAACACGCCUACGUCGCUCUGAAGGCCUGGGAGGACAAUGGGAGAUUCAAAGUAAAGCUCCAGGAACCUUAUUCAGGAGAAGAGAAAGAUUACAACAUCAGCGACAUUGAUGGGGACAUCGCUUCUGCCCAGCAUUUCAAACACUGGGAUCAUCUUUUCGGACCAGACCAGAUCUUUGGUGCUGGUGAAGGCGGGAAUUGCUCUUGCUCAGCCCUAUGA